AUGAGGCUGGCUGGCGGGGAUACUCUGAUGAUCCAGUCCAGUGUGCAAGACAAGGAAAUGAAGCCCGUUUUUUUGUCUGUCUCUAUGUGCACAAAUACUGUAAAUAUUUGCAAUUUACAAUCUGUUUUUCCUCAUGCCAAUACAUGUACAGAUACCAAAUACUUAACACUGCUGUUUUUAAAAAUUCCGUAUGAGCUGUCAAUGAAGUCAUCCAUCCAUUUUUCCCUACCGCUUAUCCUCACAAAGGUCACAGGUGUGCUGGAGUCUAUCCCAGCUGACUGGGUGAGAGGCGGGAUACACCCUGGACUGGUCACCAGCUGUGUUGGAAGUUACAACUGUAGUUAGAUAGUGUUUUACAACACCACCUAUGUAUACCUAUAAAUUAGAUAUUCUUCUGUGUCCCGUGUGUAUAUAAACAACUCCCACGAUCAAACCCAUGCAGGGAUUCCAGUCUGAACUAGGGAUCCAAGAACAAGACAUCUAUUGAGUAGACUCAGUGAUAUGGACUUAUCAAACCCAAGCUGGAACAUAAACGCUCCAAUCAGAGCAAAGCUAAUUUACAUGUCACAUAAUAAUGAGACAUCUGAGUGAUCUGAAAAAAUGACCUAAAAUAGCUUCAAUAGGGACGUUUUGGGCAUUUCCAAACAGAAUUGUCAUCCCAAACAAAAAAAAAGGGAUAUCUAAGAUUAUCAAAAUUAAAUAGUAAAACUGUGAAAAUCAUGUAUUCCUUUAUUUGUGUGGUCCAACAGAAUUCAUGUACAUUCAAAAUAUAACAAAAAUGAAACUGGCCUCGGCAAAAAUGAGCCCUCUUAAUAUUUUGUUGCACAACGUUGUGAGGCAAUCACUGUGACAACAUUUAUUUCUGUAACACUUGAGACUUGUGCAACAGUCAACAGGUAUUUUAGCUCACUCCUCAUGAGCAAUCUGCUUCAGGUGUUUUACCUUUUGAAAGGAUCCUUUUCUCAAGACUGUUGAAUGACCAAUGACCAAGAGACCAGGCUUCCUGACACUGGGGAGUGCAAUUCACUCCAGAAUUCCUUUAUAUUUCAUUGUACCCAACACCGAUUCAAGACACCCUGUGCCGGAUGUUGUAGAGCAGCUCCAGAAUGCAGCAGUCUCAAUGUUUCACAGUGUAAAACUGCUGUAUGAAUAAGGAGCUGAGAUGAUUGACAGACUGACAUUGGCAAUCGUGGUGCAGAGCCUGGCUCUCCUCUGGAUAGGGCCAGCCUGUGAGGCCUCUUCCCUGGGGCUCACAGUCCAUGCUGUGCCUCUGCAAAGUGAUGGAGGGCAAUCGGUGAGAGCUCAUUUUACUGUAAUUGCAUCCAAUCCAUGCCCCCCGUUAACUGGCCUGUGUACCGAAGGGGUCAACUGUACACUUCACAAAGCGUACUUCCCCUUCAGUGGCAUAAAACCCGACUCAGGCUGGUGUGUUCGUCAGUGGGAGCAAGUGGUCCCCAGUCACUACAAUAGCACCAUCAGUUUGAACUCCAGAACCACAUUUCACAUAUUAAUGAAGGCGGGGCCGGAUGCACGCGCGAACAAUGGGAAAUUCAAUCACCCUGCUUAUGUUGCACUGCCUCCUCCAAUAAGGGCACGUGAGAACUGCCCUCACCACAUCCAACUGUCAGUGAAAGACCUGGAUGGAGACAAGGUGCGAUGCCGUUUCGCGAUGGAAGAACAAGGGGAGUGUCUCGACUGUACUCCACACUCUUUUAUAGAGUUGUACAAGGAUGCAUGCAUGUUGACAUUCACUGGAAACGCACCAGUUGGGCAGUAUUCCAUCUACCUGAUGGCAGAGGACUACAUCCCUACCCCCAAAGCGGGCCAAGUCCGUGAGAGCCAACCCAUCAGCUCCGUGCCUGUGCAGCUGUCUCUCUCUGUGGAGCAGUCAUAUUCCAGCUGUACGGAUGAGCCUGUGGCGACAGGAAAGACCCCCAAAGAGCAUACGACAUUUCAUGUCCUGCCAUUCGAGGAGGUGAAAUUUGAGGCUGAAUUCAUUUCCCGAAAAGAGGGUGUUUCAGAAAUAGCAGUUGUCGGCCAACCUGGGCUCAUUAAGUAUGGCUUCGCUUCAACCGGUGCCCUGUCACAACUUUCCAUGUCCUGGGUCCGUGGGGAAAACACUCUCACCCAUCUUUUUCCGAUCUGUUUUGUUGCCAAUUCCAUGAGUUUGCAGUCCGAGCCUCGAUGUGUGUGGCUGUACCAAAGAGAAGUGAGGAUUCUUCCUCAUGGAACAGAAUUGAUUUGUAAUAAGACAGCGAUGACACUGGUCCUUCCUCUUGGCUCACUGAGCAACAUCAACCUGACUGAGCUGCAGCUCAACAGCCCCACUUGUCCUGUGACCUUCAACGACACCCACCUCACUGCACACGUUGCGUUAGAAGGGUGUGGGACCAAAACUGUGCACGCUGGCAGAGAGCUGGUUUUCACCAACACCUUGAAAAGUGUCCGUCCUUACUCCAUGAUCACGCGUCAGCCCUCCCUCAUCCUCCCACUGGCCUGCCGCAUCCCUGCAGUCCAAGCCAGGGGCCCAAAUUUCAACGUCACUGUGCCCGUAACAGUCUUUUUUAAUUCCGAUGUUCGGCUAGAAUUUCACUUGCCAGGAGAGGGACCGUUUGCAGAAUAUACAUACCAUCCACAAUUCAGCCCCAUUGGUCUUAUGCCAGGACCAAUGCGGCGGGAUUCAGCACCAGUGCGUCAUAUCCGUGCUCUCCAAGGGGGGCCGGGGUCCAGGAUCAAAGAGCUGGACCUCCAUUUGCUUUCCAACACCACUCUGGAGCGAGCUGAGCUUAGUGUCAAACGUUGUGUGGAGUCAGCCAGUGAAAACUUUGCUGAAAGCCUCAUCAUUAUGGAGAACGGAUGCACAGCUUUCAACACAACAAAAGAGAUUAGAGCAACAAGCAAUGCAAGAAUCUUUCGCCUUGAUGUGACCAACCUGGUAGAAAAUACGAUGUAUGCCGAGUGUGAGGUCGAUUUGUGCAUCCCCUUCCUUCCCUCUCAGACGUGCGUGACUCAGUGCAACAAGGGCUUGGUAAAUAGAGCGGCUACCAUUAUGUUGAGCAAGACCUUCACCGUCAGGUCAGGACCUGUUAGUCUUGUGGCAACCACACCAGUUCCAUCUACAAGUGUCGUCACAGGUGCAGCAGGACAAAAUGAAGGUCCUGCAACUGCUCCUACAGUUGAAGCAGUCACCAUCACCUCGAGUGCUCCAGAACAGACCUCUUUCAUGGCAGUUGGAAUUACUUUUAAUAUUAUCUGUCUUUAUGUCAUUAUUCGCGAAAGUUUUUUCAUCUUUGUUGAAAAAUGAACAUAGUCUCUGUCUGUCAAAAGGAAUGAUGAAUGAUGUUUGAUGUUUGUUUUCAUCCAUGAUAUAUUUGUAUGAGGGGAAGUCUGCAACAUCUCAACUUUUAAUAUUAACUGCAUAUUUCUUCAACAUGUCUUUAUUCGCUAAAGGUCUUUCAUCAUCUUUGUUGAAAAAUUUAUGUAGUCCCUGUCUGUCAAAAGGAAUGAUGAAUGAUGUAGUUGUACUGGAGCUGUUUUCAAGUAACAGGAUGAAAAUAAUUGUCUUAAAUAAUAUUUUGUCACCCGCGACCCUAGUGAGGAUAAGCGGAACGGAAGAUGAAUGUAUGAAUGAAUAUGUUGUCAAUAUCAAGAAAUACAUUCUAUUUAGUUACUUUUUUAUGUUUCCGGAAGAGUUUGAUGUUUGUUGACACCCAUGAGAUAUUUGUAUGAGGGGAAGGUUGCAGCAUCUCGAUUUUUCAGAUAUGUAUUUACAAACCACAAUUUCAAUGAAGUUGGGACAUUGUAUAAAACCUACAUAAAUCAAUGCAAUGAUUUCCAAAUCAUAUUCAAUUGAAUACACUACAAAGACAAGAUAUUUACUGUUCAAACUGAUCAACUUUAUUGUUAUUUUGCAAAUAUUCACUCAUUUUGAAUUUGAUGCCUGUAACAUGUUCCAAAAAAGCUAGAACUUGGGUAUGUUUACCACUGUGUUACAUCACCUUUCCUUCCACCAACACUCAAUACGCAUUUGGAAACUGAGGAUACAAAUUUUUGAAGCUUUGUAGGUGGAAUUCUUUCCCAUUCUUGUUUCAAGUCCAACUUCAGUCGUUCAACUGUCUGGGGUCAGCAUUGUCAUAUGUUGUGCUUUAUAAUGCGCCACAGAUUUUCAGCGGGAGAUACAGUAGGUCUUGGACUGCUGGCAUCCCAGUCUAAUAAUCGCACUCUUUUAUUACAAAGCCAUGCUGUUGUAACACUUGCAGAAUGUCACCUGGCAUUGCCUUGCUGAAAUGAGCAGGGCUGUCCCUGACAAAGACAUUGCUUGCAUGGCAGCCUAUGUUUACCAAAACCUGUAUGUACCUUUCUGCAUUAAUGGUGCCUUCACACAGAUGUACAGGUUACCCAUGUCAUGGCCACUAACAACCCCCCAUACUAUCACAGAAGCUCUGCUAUGAUGCAGAGAUUUCUCCAGAUUCUCUGAAUCUUUUGAUAAUAUUAUGGACCAUAGAUGAUAAAAUCCCUAAAUUCCUAGCAAUUUUACAUCGAGAAACGUUGUUCUUAAACUGUUGGACUAUUUGCUCACGCAGUUAGUUGUUCACACAGUGGUGAACCUGAACUGAGCCUUUCGGGGAUGCUCCUUGAAACCCAGUCAUGACACUCACCUGUUUCCAGUUAACCUGUUCACCUAUGGAAUGUUCCAAACAGGUAUUUUUGAGCAUUUCUCAACUUUCCCAGUCUUUUGUUGCCCCUGCCCCAGCUUGUUUGGAACUUGUUACAACCAUCAAAUUCAAAAUGAGAGAAUAUUUGCCAAAAGAAAAACAAUAACUUUCAUCAGUUUGAACAUUAAAUAUCUUGUCUUUGUAGUGUCUUCAAUUGAAUAUAGGUUGAAAAGGAUUUUCAAACGAUUCUAUUCUGUUUUUAUUUACGUUUUACACAACGUCCCAACUUUAUUGGAAUUGGGCUUUGUAUAUUAAUAAGCAAGAAAAGAACAAUGCAAUAUGACAAACAAAUCUCAAUGUUAUAUUUAACUCAACUCUCUCCUUCCAAAAGCACAUUAAGAAUAUUAACAAAACAGUUUUUUAUUCGGCCCAUCCUAUCCGCUAAUGACGCAGAGAUCAUAGUCCAUGCAUUUGAUUACGUCUUGCCUCGAUUAUUGUAACGUGCUGGUCUCUGGUCUUCCCACGUCUAGUAUUAAAAGCCUGCAGUUAGUACAACUUGCUUUGACUCCUGUUCCAAUUAAGAUGUGAUUUUAAGGUUCUGUUAUAUAUAUACAUAUUUUCCAUCCCAAAACCUACAGUCGUAAAACGCUGAACUUUUGGUGACUCAGAGAGCCAGAAAGAAGUCUGCAGGCUCGAGAACAGAUGUUAGAGCUGCUACCUCAGUAGAAAUGUUGAAAUCCCGACUUAUUUUUACUUAUUGGCAUUUAGUUAAAGUACACGUAGGCCUAUUUCACUGCCACUUGUCCUAUCCCCUCCCCCCUCCUCUCCUGCUCGGAGAGUGGGCUCGGUGACGACGACCGAAUCUGAGGCUGUUUCUGUAUUGAUUUCACACUGGGACGAGAGCUUCCUUUGACCUCAUAAUUCUAAUUUGCUCUGACAUGCACUGUGAGCUGUAAGGUCUUAUAUAGACAGGUGUGUGGCUUUCGUAAUCAAGUCCAUCCAUCCAUCCAUCCAUUUUCUGAGCCGCUUCUCCUCACUAGGGUCGCGGGCGUGCUGGAGCCUAUCCCAGCUAUCAUUCGUAAUCAAGUCCAAUCAGUAUAAUCAAACACAGCUGGACUCCAAAGAAGGUGUAGAACCAUCUUAAGGAUGAUCAGAAGAAAUGGACAGCACCCAAAUUAAAUAUAUGAGUGUCACAGCAAAGGGUCUGAAUACUUAUGGCUGUGAUAUUUUAUUUUUUAUUUUUUAAUAAAUCUGCAAAGAAAUUCAACAAUAAAGUUUUUU